UGUUAUGAUGCAGUUCCACAACACACAGCUACAUUCACCCACAGACCGAGGUACAGACGGGAGGCAACCUCUGGCCCCCCAGCAGCUGGCCAGCUCUGCAGCCCCAGUCUUGAGCCCCUAACUCCCCUCCCCCACCCCUUCCCAAUUGAAGGAGCGGAAAGAGAAGAGAGAAGAGUGAGGAGAGAGAGAGAGAGAUAGACGGAGAUCUCUGGAGCAGACCUCAAGGUGAGGGGGCAGCCCUUCUCCAAAUGAUUUUUUUCCCCUUUGCAAAUUUCCUCCUCCUGCUGCGUGUUGCUUUCUCCCCUUUGCAAAAGCAUUAUUCAUCCCUCCUUUGUCCUCCCUUCCCCCUCCCUGCUGCCUCCGCUCCUCAGCUCCUCCAUCCCUCUCCAAGCUCUGCCAGUUCCGCACUUAUUUCCCGGCAACUUUGGCUGCAGCAUCAGGCAUCGCUGUUGAUUGUUUUGUGGCUGUUGCAGACCACCGCCCCCCCCAACCUCCCCCCUGCCCCAAAGUCCGCCCUGGGAGCUGGCUGCGCUGCUAAUGAUUUUGGACCAUACCAUGCGAGAAUGCCAGCCCAGAGGGGGCCGACGCCUCAGAGCAGAUGAGAAAAUCCAUUGUGAGUGCGUGGCCCCCUCCCGUUUUUUCCCCCUGAGAGGCACCGGAUUCGCACCUGGCUCCUGGAGCCUCUGCCUUGGGGCCUCUGCUGUCAGUGAUGGUUGCUCAGCAGCCCUCCCUUCCCAACCCUCCCUCUUCCCCGCCUCCCACGGUCCAGCUCUGGCUCACUCGGGGAAUAUCCUCUCCCCAGCACUCAGCUUGUCUUUGUUUUUCCCUGUCAUUUGCCCAACUUGCUUCUCUCUGUGAUCUGAGAUGGAGAAGAUAUGACCCCUACCGCCCCUCCUGUGAGUGAUUCUCUGGCCUGUGCAGCCUCUGCUUUGCUUGAUGGGGAAGCAGGGGAGAGAGAGGGUGGGAGGCGUGACGGAGGCCCGGGGAAGGAGGCCGAGCAGGGACCUGGCCAGCCCCCUCCUGGGCCCUUGAAGGUGCGCUAGGUGGAGCGGCAGAGGGCCACCGCAGGCAAAGUUGGAGGCAGACCCGUGAAGUGGAUGCUGACCAGUUUGUGCUGGUGAGGAGAGCCUGUUUCUUGUGACCUGAGCCCAAUGUCACCCUGGGUGUCUUCCCGGGGCUGGCCACGGGGACAGGACGUGGAACAGAAGAUGGUCUCUGUCCGGGGUUUUAUGGAGAGAUUGCCGGCCCCAAGAAGGACUGGAGCAGCUGGGCCCUCGCAGCCACUGCAGAGGGCAGGAUGACAGCCUGUUUGCCCUGGCUGCCCGGAGCCCUGCUGCCUCAGGGCCUGCCGUUGCCAGAGAGCACCCAGCUGGCACCUCUGAAACAGACUUGGGCUAAACCACCCGCCACGGCCCUGAAGGCCCCAUGAAGGAGAAGGCAGCACCUCACCUGCUUAUCAAAGCCACCAGAGGCCACCUCCCUUCUUAUCCUCUGCCUCCAGCUCCCUCAGCCACGCAGGGGCUGGCGUUUGGACAGAUGUCAACAUUUUCCUCAAGACUCCUAAUCAGAACCCGGCAAAUAUAUCUUCUGUCACCCACAGGGGCACUGCUGUUUGUCCCUGCCUCCAGCAGAAGGUGACUUCUAUUCCUACCUGGCUCACGUCUGGGGGGGGGCCCUGGCCGGGCAGCCCCCCCACAUUUCUCCUGCCCUGAAACACGGCUCUAGCCAACCUGCUCCGCUGCUUCACCUGCGACCGCCUGUGUGGGGGCUGCACAGCGCCGGCCCCACCCGCCCGCCAGGGCAUCGUCCUCCAGCCCGUCAUGCCCAGCUGUGACCCGGGUCCGGGCCCCGCCUGCCUCCCCACCAAGACCUUCCGUAGCUACCUGCCCCGUUGCCACCGCACCUACAGCUGCGUCCACUGCCGAGCACACCUGGCCAAACACGAUGAGCUCAUUUCCAAGUCCUUCCAAGGGAGCCACGGCCGAGCCUACCUGUUUAACUCCGUGGUCAACGUGGGUUGUGGGCCGGCAGAACAGCGCCUUCUGCUCACCGGGCUCCACUCGGUAGCUGAUAUUUUCUGUGAGAGCUGCAAAACCACACUGGGCUGGAAAUAUGAGCAAGCCUUUGAGACGAGCCAGAAGUACAAGGAGGGAAAGUACAUCAUUGAAAUGUCACACAUGGUGAAGGACAACGGCUGGGACUGAGGGGCUCAGGCAGGCAGUGCCCUUCCUCCGCAUGCCCCACCCUCCCAUACCUGUCUCCUGGCCCUGACAAGCGGUCUGUACCAGCAUGAGUACUGCUCCACCCCUGGGGGGAUUCCGGCUCCCACCACCCCCUCCCGCCUCCACCUCAUCACUCCCAGGCCUCUUUGGAACAGGGGUCUGGGGGGCUCCAGGGGUGUCCAAGGCUCAGGAGUGGGCAGCAGUCAGGAGAGAGGCAAAACUGGGGAAAGGGGUGGUUGUGGGUCCUCCUAGCCCCAAGGUCCUAUAAAUGGAGGCGAUGGCAGGCCAUGCGUUAGGCGGAGGCCAGUAGGAGGAAUCUGCUUUUGCUCCACCUUUUCGAGUAAACAGAGGACAAAGCUUGAGUCAGGGGCUGGUAUAUCCUGGGCUACAGAAUAUCAGAGAAAACGCUUGGGUUGGGGUGAAGUUUGGGCCUCACACACAGGGAGAAAGCAGUCUCUGAGGGUGAAAGGAAAAAUCUCAAAUCCCAGGCCCUGGGAAAUAGAGGAAUCACAAGGGUUUCCAUUUCACUCCACUUGUUUAUCUUGGCACUAAAGAGGCACUUUCCAGUAUCUAACCUUUGCCACUUAGUGGGAUGGGGAGAGCUGCCUCGGCAGCAGCCCCCACCCCCAGCUGGCUGUUUCCGGAGCGAGCGGUCUCUAGGGGCAUUCCCUGAGGCCCAGCUACUGCUCCCUGGGACGCAGUCCCAGGGAGGGGAGGCGGGAGAUCAGUGCUACGGGGCCAGGCUUUCUCGUGGCUGCCACCAGCGAAUGAAACUUUUGUAUGAUACAUAAAGUGUUUGGGUUUAUUUUUAAUAAAAAGAGGAAAAGCAGCUAUGAAGUGCUGUCCUCUGACU